AUGGGUAACUUAUGUGCAACAUAUAUUCUUCUCCGAUGGAAUAUCGCAAAAUUACCUGUGAGUUUUUACACAAUUAUGUUGAAUAUUUCUGAUACAUUAACUCUGUUAAUACCAGUAUUCAUAUUUUGGUUGGAUAAUUGUGUAAAUCGUAAAGGUCAUCAAGGUUAUUUUCGCGAUAAAUCAAAUUUUUUAUGUAAAGUAUUGAUGUGUCCCGAUCAAUUAUUUGCUGCAUUGAGUGCUUGGUAUAUGUGUACAAUAAGUUUUAAUCGAUGGUGUAGUGUUUGUAGACCAUCAUCAUUUUAUCUAAAUAAUAGUGCUGAUUAUAUUAAAAAAAAGCAAUCAAAAUCUUCCAUAUUAUCAUCAUCUAUAUUUAAUAUUACUUAUUUGAAUAAUAUUAAAUUACGUCAACAUUUGAAAGCAUUUCAGGGUAUAGUCAUACUAACAAUAACAGCAAUCUUACUUUCAUGUAUACCAAUAUUUUUUCAUGAGUUACGUUCAGUAGAAGCAUUAUCUGACUCACACAUGUUUGAUUCAAAUAAAAAAACAAUAAGUCAUAUAUAUUUCGUUACAUGGAAACGUUGUUACUAUAGUCGUAAAUAUGAAUAUAUUUAUGAUAUUAUCGGUAUUCUUUUAUCAACUGUUUUACAUAUAAUUCCGUUAACGUUUGUUACCGGUAUGAAUCUAAUGAUUAUUGUAAGAUUACAUAAGAGACAAACAUUAUUGUCAUCAGUAUCGACUACUAAAUAUUUAAAUGUACAUCUUACAUUAUCGUCGGAUAUUCCUGCAGGUGAUUUAUCCUUAUGUUCAUUACCAUCUUCACCAAAACGACAAAAAAAAAUUAUUUUACCAACAAAUAUUGACUAUUAUGAAAAACGUGCCUCAUUUGCUGGUAUAACGUUUAAAACGUGUCCAACAAACAGAAAACUUACUAAUUCUGAAAUUAGUUAUAAAAAUCAAUCAACUAAUACAACACUUUCAAUAGAUAAUGUGAAUGUAAAUCAAUUGUAUAAAACAAAAUCAAAAAAAAAACUUUCUAGACAUUGUUCACGCGAUCGUACAAUUACAAUGAUGUUAGUAUCUGUUGCCCUCUCCUAUCUUGUACUAACGUUACCUUAUCGUCUUUUUUGGAUAUGGAAUGUUUAUGUUAAACGUUCUCAUCCAGAAUUAUUGAAUUCAGCCAAUUAUUUAUUCAAAAUGCAUUAUAUUGAUCAUUUUCUACGAACUAUUAGAAAUAUUAAUUUUGCAACAAAUUUUAUAUUUUUUAUCUUUUUAUCAAAAACAUUUCGUCGAAAAUUUCGACAAAUAUGUGUUGAUAGUUUUAAAUGUAUGAUGAAUAGACGACAAAAUAUUAAUAAUUCAUCGAAUAUUCCUCGUACAAAUAUUGUUGUUCAUGCGACAGACAGUGCAGAUGGACAAAAUAUGUCUAGUCAAAUGUAA